UAUGGGUGGCCUGUGAUGCACAUCCAGCUACGCUUGGAAGAUGCAAGUCUACACAGGGAAGCCGACCAGUGGAGGCCCGGAGAAGAACCAGGAGAUGUGGGUUGUGCUAGAUGUGACAGAUGGACUGAGAGGACACAAUGUCACGUGUGACAAUUUCUUCACCUCUUAUGAGCUCAGCCAGCAGCUCCUGAAGAGGAAGAUCACCGUGAUUGGCACAGUUAGAAAGAACAAGCCUAAGCUCCCCCCUGCACUCCUCGCAACAAAGGUGAGAGAGGACUUCUCAUCAAAGUUUGUCUUCACCCCCACCACAACUCUAGUUUCUUACAUCCCAAACAGCAACAAGAAUGUGGUCCUUCUGAGCACACUGCACAAAACGGCUGAGAUCAGUGAUCGGGAGGACAGGAAGCCAGCCAUCAUCUUGGACUACAACCACAACAAAGGAGACAUAGACGACCUGGACAAGGUGAAUGGAACUUACAGCUGCAGGAGGAUGACUGCCCGCUGGCCCCUGGUCAUCUUCCAUAACAUCAUUGAUGUGUCCUCAUACAAUGCCUUCGUGAUAUGGAACAAGAUCAACCCUACCUGGAUGCCUGAUAAGCGGAACAAGAGGAGGGUGUUCCUGGAGCAGCUCGGAAAGGCACUUGUAACCCUACACAUUCAAAAAGACAGCAGCCUCUAAAGCGCUUGUGAAAGCUGUUCAGGGGGCUGAAUCUUGUUCUGAUCCUUGUCCUGAUCCACCUGAGGCUGCAGCUGGGGCAGGCAAGAGGAGAUGCCAAUUCUGCCACCCAAAGGACUGUAAAACCAAUAAUAUGUGCUGCACAUGUGAAAAAUACAUCUUCAAAGUCCAUGCACACACAUUUGCAUACUGUCCCUCAUGUGCUAA